AGCCAAACAUCGUCAUUGAACCCAUUUCGUAAUGGCAACUUUCAGUGAACAAAUGAAGGCUCUGGAGCCGAUGGAGGACUUGUUGAAGGAGAAUCCUCAUCGUUACGUCAUGUUCCCUAUCAAGUAUCUCGCCAUCUGGGAGAUGUACAAGAAGCACGAGGCAUCCUUCUGGACGGCCGAGGAAAUUGAUCUUAGUCAGGAUCUCAGAGAUUGGGAGAAUCUGUCGGACAACGACCGUCACUUCAUCAGCCACGUACUCGCCUUCUUCGCUGCUAGUGACGGUAUUGUAUUGGAGAAUUUAUCGGCCAAAUUCUCUGGAGAAGUUCAAUGCCCUGAGGCCCGUGCAUUUUACGGCUUCCAAAUAGCGAUGGAGAAUAUCCACUCGGAGACGUAUUCCUUACUAAUUGACAAUUAUAUAAAAGAUCCCGAGCAGAAAGAUAAGAUCUUUCGCGCUAUUGAAACCGUGCCCAGCGUUCGGAAGAAGGCCGAAUGGGCGCUCUCGUGGAUCAACGACGACAACUGUUUCGCUGAGAGAUUGAUUGCAUUCGCCUGUGUGGAGGGAAUUCUCUUUUCGGGUUCCUUCUGUGCUAUCUACUGGCUCAAGAAGCGCGGACUCAUGCCCGGCCUGACGUUUUCCAACGAGCUGAUCUCUCGUGAUGAAGGUUUGCACGCCGACUUUGCUUGCCUGCUGUAUAACAUGCUCAAGUACACCCGUCUUCCUGACGAGCGGGUUCACGAGAUUGUCAGGGGCGCUGUUGAGGUCGAGAGAGUAUUCAUCUCGGAAUCACUGCCUGUCUCUCUAAUCGGUAUGAACAGCCAACUCAUGUGUCGCUACAUUGAGUUUGUGGCCGAUCGUCUUCUCGUGGCUCUUGGGCAUCCCAAAUUGUAUAACGCCACGAAUCCUUUUGACUGGAUGAAGAUGAUUUCUCUGCAAGGAAAAACGAACUUUUUCGAGAAGAGAGUUGGUGAAUAUCAGAAGGGUGGCGUUAUGGCGGGUACGGCCGCGCACAAGAAUAGUAGCAUGGACGCGGAGGAGAGACGAAAGAGCAUCGGUGCCGAUUUCGCCUUGGAUGAGGACUUUUAGUAUUUACCCUGAAAAUGAAGCUCUGUUGUUGCCGACACGAUCGUGUUAUGCAUACGUUGAUGAUAGCAGCUAGUCGUCAAUGCCUCAUACCACUCCUUCAGCGACAAUUGCAAAAUUAGUAGAGACAAUUGCUUUGCCGUGCGCAGUAGCAAUCUCGUCGCAUAGUCUGCCCGUACCAAAGUCACGGGCCACUGGUCGGCGGCCGUGCAUGUUUUUAUAAUAAUCCCAUGGAGAUUCCUAGGGAUC